AGAUUGAUAUAUAGGGUCAUCAUGCACAAAGGAAAAGUAACUCGCCGUCGCCGUGUCCCAAGUCUCGGGUAAUUGAAGCAGGAGGGUAUCCUUAUUAAAAAAACAAUAGAGAGAACAAAAAAGAAGACACAUAAAUUACCAUAUGUAGGAGCGUCUGUCCAUCAGUCCGUCCGCAAAUCUGGAUCCUGCGAUAACUCAAAAAGUAUUCAAGUCGGUUCAUAAAACUAUGUUGUUACGAGGUACCAUUUAACAAACGUAAAACAUUUGGCGACAGAAGUUUUCAAACUGUAGGGCCGAAACUAUGGAACAAACUACCAGUAGAGAGUGACAUACCGGAGAUGGCAGAAACCGAAACUAGUUUUGAGUUGCCGAAGGGCCAACUUCAUGUAGGGGCUAUGAAAGAAUGCAUAUUCAACAUUAAUUAUUACUCAUGCGCAUGUGCAGAAUAUGGCACAGAAUCAAUAUCGAAACGAUCAGAAGCUGAUUUUACUGCAAAAAAUUGCCAUCCUAAAAAGUCAAGUGCUGGUAUAAAAAGCAAAUUAAAAAUCCUUGUGAAAAAGUUUACGAUUGGUAAGAAUACGAGGAAGUAUUUUUGUGGACUCCACUCCAGAACAGACAGUUUUAAAGAACCAGUACAAGAAUCAUUAAUAGAAGAGUUGGAUACUACUGAUCCCUCUUUACAUUUUGUGAAUGACAUACCUCUUGAUAAGCAUAGACAUUCUAGACAUAUUGAUCCAGAAACUGGUAAUGAAUAUAAAAAUGAGUCAUCAUUUGGGAUUGCUAACCAAAGACCAUAUCCUUCUGGUUCAACUUGUCCCACUGCUGUGCAUUCAUCUACCUUACAAGAUACACACUUGAAUAAGGCCACAAAUACAUGUGCAAAAAUAAAGUCAAAGAAAGAAAAUGCUCAAAGAUAUAAAGAUUGUUCAAAUUCAAAUGUGAAAACAUGUGUUAGAUCAGAGAAUGAGAGUGAUAUGUUUAAGAAUCAAGAAGAUGUCCUACAAGUACAGCAGUUAGCUAAAAAGAGAGGAGCUCAUAGUCAUGAUCCAAGAGAUUCACAAAGGGUCAGUCAUUUAAAUCCUAAUGGAAAAGCAUUAGUGAAACAAGAUCAUACCAAAACAGAGAAUAGAAAACUGCUGACAAUAGAAAAUAAAGAUAAUGAUACUUCAAACAAUAAUGAAUCCAAGUAUUGUGCUGUGGUCACAGAAAAUAAUUGUGAUGGAUUCAUAUGUGGAAAACAAGAAAGAAAAUUUGGAAUUGAAGGUAGGAAAGAUAUUAAAGGGAAAGAGUGUUCAGGACUUUGCAAGUCUACAUCUAUAUUUACGAAUGCUUGCGAUGAAGAAACAGACUUAAAAUCUGUCUUAAAUAUAGAGACUGAAGGUCAAGAAGAAAUGACUAUUCUUAAGUUACCGCAGCCUUCAUAUAAUAGAGAUGAGACUGAAGCUAAAGGGUUUGGACAGCAGCUCAAAAAGUUGGCAGAUUCAGAAGGUGAAAGCAGUUCUAAGUCAACAGUUCCAACAGGAUAUCCUUGGAACACCAUCUCAUCGGGCACUGUCUGGCAGUUAACAGAAGAUUUUAUUACUUCAGAUGUAAGUAAAAAAGAAUCUAAUCCAGAUUGUUUUGACAAGUUUCAUCAGAAGCCUGGGGCAGAGUUAACUGAAGUAAAAACUGACAAGUCAUAUGUGGCAGAUUCAUUAAAUGAAGUUGAAAACUGUAAUAACUCAGAUUCAAGUCCAAAGUAUGAAAACAGACAAGAAGUCAAAGGGGAAGGUGAAAACGAUCAGUCACGUGAAGCUGCCAUGGAAAUAUGUGAAAAUGGACUUAAUGAAUGGACAGAAUUACAAAAUUCCAGAGAAGUUCACAAUUUUUGUAGGCAGGAAGCAGUUGAAAAUGAAGAAGAAAGUUAUGUUGAAAUAAAUCAAAACGGUGAGGAAGAGGGGGCUGGUAAUGAAAUAAUCAAACAUGAUCAUUUCAAAAGCCUGGCAAACAGCACGAUUCGAGAUAAACAAAUACCAGUGACACUACAUAGUAUGAAACUUACAAAGAAGCAUAGAAGUGACCGAUUUAAAGAUUUUGCUGACUUUGAGAAAAAUGCAAAUUUAAAUCAAGCAAGAAGCAGGAAAAGAAUCUUACCAUUUUUAAGUGAACAACUCAUUCAAACUGGUAACAAAAGAAGGCGACUGCUGAAAGAAAGUUCAGAUUCAGGUAUUGAUCUGGAUGUUCUUGAUGUGUCAGAUCAUUUACAUUUCAUUUUAUCAUCUGCAGACACUGGUGAUAAGAAUUGUUCUUUAGUGCAGAAGGACAGUGAAGGAUGUGCAGUUUUUCAUGCACAUACGGAGAGUUGUGGAAAAAAGAAAAUUGUUGAUGCUGGUAAAAGUCUAGCUGAUAGUAGCAUUCUGGUAGUACAUUCUAACGAAGACGAAAAAAUUACAGAUUCCUAUAUCUUGUAUGAAACAAACUUAAGAAAAACACGAAGUUUAGAAAUCUUACCAGACUACUGCAAACAUGAUGUUACAUGUAAUUUACAGUUUAAUAAUGAUAUUUCUCAAAGGAGAUUUUAUUCAUUCGCUAUAUGUUAUGCUGAAAAUGAAGUUAGGACAAAUUCACAAACGGAGCUAUCAGGACGUAUGUGUGCUAAAGUAUCAUCAGAGGUGUAUGUUGAAAAAAGUUGGAAUAAUAAGUAUGGGAUUUUAAGAUACGUUCCUGAAAAGGACCCAGGAAAAAAAUCUCAGACAGAGUCACAGUCUACUACUGAUGACUACAAUAUGCCUGUUUCUAAAACUGUACCUUUAGAUGAAGGUCUUCCUAACUUUAUGGAGCAACUAGGUGAUGCUGACAUUACUGAGGAGAGCUAUUACUUUAGCAAGAGUGUUUAUCCAGAAAUAACUGUGCAAACUGGCGAGAGAAGAAUUUGUAAGAAGAAAAGUAGUAAAAGAGAAGGGAAGAUAACACCACGUAUGCAAAAGAAAAGGAAACACUAUAAACAUGCUCCAAAGCCUGAAAUUCGGUCACUGGAACCGGCCAAUUUUGUAUGUUCCUUAAGGUCAAAAAAGAAAUGUUUUUUACAAAAAAGUACAAGGGCAAAGUUGAGGCAUUCAUGUACAGGUGAAAGUUACAAGGAUAAAGAAUUGAAGUCCAGACAAGAAUUGUCUCAAAUUACAGUAGACUCCGGACUUGGCUCUUCAACCAUAUCUAACAAAUCUUUUACAAAAAAGCUUAGAAAAUGUCUGACAUAUUAUAUUACAAACGAAGGAAGAAGAGUUGCAAAAUCUGUUGCUCGAGAAAUACACUUAGACCACCAUUCUCAAUUUGUGUAUGGAUUAGCGAGAUACUUUGAUAGACUAAACAAUGGUCCACCUCCAACAACUCGAGAGCGUAUGCAGUAUGAAUGGCUCAGACUGGCCACAUUUUGUAAUUACACUGGUAAUGGAAAUGCUAUAGCUCUUGCUAGAGAUGGAUUUUACCAUGACAAUACAGAAGGACACACAACCACAAGAUGUUACCUUUGUGAUGCCCGUCACUCUAAUUGGGAAAUGUUUGAUGAUGUUAAUGCUGAACACCGACGGCAGUCUCCAAAUUGUCCAUUUCAUGAAAACAGAGGCCAAGAGUCUGUGAACAUAUCAAUAACUUCUGGGGACAAUGAAGGUGGGGCAUCAGUACAGGCAAGGACUUCAGCUCCUACUGUUACUUCAGUGAAUACCACAGUUACUAGCUCCAGUGCUGCAGCUGCCAGUGAGGCCAUGAGCAGUUUGCAGAUUGGUCAGGCUUCAAGUAGUGGAGGAGAAAGUAUAUCCCAGCAACCAACAGAAGAUCCAGAAAGUAGAGAUCGUUCCUUGUUGGCAUUGUCUCAGCCCCGUACACAACGAGCUCUGGGACGGACAGGGCACUCCUAUUCUACUAUCAUAGCUCCAAGAAGAAAUAACGUAGCUACAGGUGCAAGAAGUAAUGUUGGAAUUGAUCCUUUAGGAAGUGGUUCUACAACAUCCAGUACAAGCAGUCAGAUUCCAGGGAUCCGCCCCUCUUCAAUUCUGGGAGGGCCUGUAGGGGCGGGCGCUUUUGCCGGUCUGAAUAGAGCUGGUCAAAACACAGAUGCACAGCCUUCUGUUAUAAGAGCAACUGAAGGUUUACAACGAAGCAAUGCUCCAUCAUCGUCUACCGAAGCAGCUGCUGGGCCACGACAAACUAACCCUGCACCUGGUGCAGGAGGAAGAACAGAUCCUACAAUAACUGUGGUUGUCGAUAACCCUAAACAUCCAGACUAUGUCAAUAUAGAUUCUAGAGUUAGUUCAUACCAAGGAUGGCCAGAUUACCUGGAUCAAACCCCUAGACAAAUGUCAGAAGCAGGUUUCUUCUUUGUUGGUGUGGCCGAUUUUACCCGUUGCUUUUGUUGCGGCGGAGGUCUACGAAACUGGGAACCAGGAGAUGAUCCAAUGUUGGAACAUACAAGAUGGUUUCCACGUUGUGAAUAUGUCAACAAACUGAAAGGCGAGAGAUAUGUGGCUGCAGUACAGAGACGUCAUCAAGAACAUGUAAGUGUUAAAAAAGUUAUGCUUUAAACUUUUCCCUGCUAU